CGCUGCUGUUCGCUCCGUGCUCCCCGCCGCCCACCUUCAACAUGGCCUUCGCCACUCGCCACUUCGUGCGCGCCGCCUCCUCCGCCGCCGCCACGGCGGCCGCCAAGAAGCUGAUAGUCAAACAUGUGACGAUCAUCGGCGGCGGCCUCAUGGGUGCCGGCAUCGCCCAGGUUGCAGCAGCCAGUGGUCACACUGUGGUGUUAGUAGACCAGUCAGAAGAAAUACUUAAGAAGUCUACAAAAGGAAUUGAAGAGAGUUUGAAGAGAGUGACAAAGAAGAAGUUUGCAGAUAAGCCUGAGGCUGGUGCUGAGUUCAUUGAGAAGACGUUAAAGAACCUCACAACAAGCACAGAUGCAGUAGCAGUGGUCCACAGCACAGAUCUGGUGAUAGAAGCCAUUGUGGAGAACCAGGAAAUUAAAAAUGAACUCUUCAAGAGGCUGGAUAAGUUUGCUCCAGAGCAUACAAUAUUUGCAAGCAACACUUCAUCCUUGCAAAUCACACAGCUGGCGAACUCAACCACCAGGCAGGACCGAUUUGGUGGUCUCCAUUUCUUCAAUCCUGUGCCUAUGAUGAAGCUUGUGGAAGUCAUCAAGACUCCAAUGACUAGCCAAAAGACUUUUGAAUCGCUUGUGGACUUCAGUAAAGCAGUAGGAAAGAGUCCUGUCAGUUGUAAGGAUACUCCAGGGUUUAUCGUUAACCGUCUCUUGGUGCCAUAUAUGAUGGAAGCUGUUCGACUUUUUGAGAGAGGAGAUGCAUCAAAGGAAGAUAUUGAUGUUGCUAUGAAGCUUGGGGCUGGCUAUCCCAUGGGUCCAUUUGAACUACUGGACUAUGUUGGGUUGGAUACCAGUAAAUACAUUAUAGAUGGAUGGCAUUCCCUAGAGCCCAACAAUCCUCUUUUUGCACCUAGCCCGCUCCUGAAUAAACUAGUACAAGAAAAGAAGCUGGGUAAGAAGACUGGAGAAGGAUUUUACAAAUACAACUGAACUCCAGACCUUGAGAGCUGUUAAACUAUCUGUGUAUGAUAUUCAGCAUUGCUGUAUUGCAGGUGAAUUCUGUUUAAACCUUCCCAAGAAUGGCACAAGCUGCAUUUAGAGUGUAACCCACCUCUUGAGUUGAGAGAUUGCACUAGUUAACCAUUUCUCUAGUGAAAGCUUGAUUUAGUAGAUUAUUUUUUCCUUGUAAUUUUGAAGAGCUAUAUAUGUACAGUGCCUUCAUGCAAAUGUUGAUUUUUCAGGUGUGAGACAAUGACAAGUGAAUUUAUUUGAAACAUUAUUAUAUUGACAGUAAAAAUCCUAAAAAUAACUGCACUUUCUUAAAAAUAAAAUUUUCAACACUUCUGUAUUGAAAGUCCCGACUUGGCAGUUGAUGCACUUGGUUGUAGCCCACUGGGUGGCAGUCUGUUUUCACCCUGACAAAUGUGGGAAGCUGUUUUGUUAGGCUGUUUCUGAAGUGCUGUGCUAAUCUGUAGGUGUAAAUUACAGUGCCUUGAACAAUGAUUUUCUAAAUGUUGUAGUAUUUAAAAAAAAAUAAUGAUUCUUGCAAUGGCAAGCUGUCACCUGGACAGCAUUGUAAAGCAAAACUCAUAAUUUGGUUUGGGAUUUUCUGGCAUUUUCAAUUACUGGUUGAGGGCCUCCUUUUGCUAGGUGUUGUGGAAACAUAAUGAAGAGAUGGUUUCUAUUCUGAAGUGCCUAAUAUGUCAAUUUUAUUUUUUAUUUAUUAACAAAGCUGGGUACCAGGUGAAAGCUUCUGUAUGCUUUCUAGAGUACUGUAAAUUGGCUUUACUGGCUAUUCAUGUUAAGUAUUAUUUUUACACCCUACACUGCUACUAUAGUUGUGUACUUCAGGAGCUUGAAAUUGGAGUCUGUGCUGUGUAAACAAAUAGGUGUGUCAGGCUGCCUGAGGCAUCUUCUGUUUUGCAACUCUGUUUCCUUGGGGCUUAGCAAAGCCUGGAUUUGUUCAUGGUGGGAGUUGCUACAAAUCCAGCCUUUUCUCCAAAUACUGCUGAACAAGUGGGCAUGAGGGUUGGAGUUCCAGUUCAACUGAGUAGUAGCCUUCUUUUAGUUUGUGAAUUUGGUCUGUAAACCGAGUGCUUUUAUCUAUAUAUGUUUUUUAAUUAAAGAAUUUCUUCAUAAUUAUUUAACACAAAGUUGCCUCUUCUGCCCUUCACCAGCAUCUAGUUCAGAUUGCAUCUAAAGAAACUGAGGCUGACAGAUGCUAAUUUCUUUGCACAUGAUCACACAAGAAAGCUGAGUAAAGAAUAAAAAAAAAUUGCUUUAUUA